CGUUUUCGCCACAUCGUGGUGCUGCUUGUGUCAUGGGCUGCGAAGACAAUGCCAGUCAUGAAACGUACUCGUUAUGGUAUGUCGGCGUCAUCCUCGGCAUUGGAGCGUCGGUGUGCACCAACAUGGGCGUGAACCUGCAAAAGUACUCGUUCAUGCGCGAAACCAAAAAGCCCGCGGCUACGAAACGUGGCUACUUGCGUCAACCGCUGUGGAUGCUUGGACUGUGGCUGGUAAUCUUUGGCAGCUUGGGUGACUUUGUGGCCCUGGGGUUCAUUCCGCAGUCGCUUGCUGUUCCCGUGGGGGGCUCCACUAUCGUGGCCAAUGUGUUCUUUGCCCACAAGUUUCUCCAUGAAGCCUUUUCUCGACGGGACGGAAUUGGCACGGCCUUGAUCCUCACCGGCAUCGUCGUGGUGGCAGCCUUCGCCGACAAAUCGAAUGGAUGCCACACCCUGGACCAGCUCAUUGCGCUGUACAGCCAGCCCGCGUUUGUCGUGUACGUGGCGGUCGUGUGUGUGGCUAUGGUCGUGUUCUACUACUGCGUGCGCCGUAUCCGGUUCAUUGUACGGACAUUUGGCAAAACUUCUACCCAGUACAAACGCUUUGCCACGUUUCAUUCGUUGGUGAACCCAGCCUUGUCGGGGGUAUUUGGGGCCCAGAGCAUCUUGUUUGCCAAGUCCGUAGCGGAGUUGGUGAAAAGCAGUUUGGACGGCGAAAACCAAUUCACGACCGUCGGCACGUACGCCAUUGCGCUCGCCAUGUUUGCCUGCAUCUUCCUUCAGAUCCAUUGGCUAGCGCAAGGACUGGAGCAUUUCGAUGCUGUAUUCGUCGUGCCGAUCUUUCAGUGUGUUUUCAUCUCCACGUCGAUUGUGGGUGGUGCCGUAUACUUUAAUGAGUUUGCCACCAUGUCCACUACGACCGUGGUGAUGUUUCUGGUGGGGGUGGUGAUCACGCUGUCGGGUGUGGGGAUCUUGUCACGGCGGGACAUGACGUCGUUGAAACCCAAGCAAAAGCUGCGCGCGUGCGUGCACAUGGUCAUCUUUAUGAAGCGCAUGCAAAAGUGCAAAGGUCACAAGUAUCAAUGGGUCGCAUCCGACUCGAAGCACAUCACAACCGCACCAACUUCGUCGUCGUCGAUCUGGAAGCUCAAGUCGCAUUCGAUUCACCCCGUCAAUGCAACCGCCCAGGACUCACCUUUCUCGCUCAACGUGUCGGCGAAAUCCCAUCCGUCUUGCAAUGAUACUGUAAAUUGACGAGUAUAUUAACAGGUCAAAAGGGGCUGGUUUCACGAAGUGUGCGAGAUUCGAGUAUCAAGACGACCAAUAUUUUAUGUACUUCUGUAGUUUAGCAGCAGUACACGCAAGGUGGAGCUGUCUCUGAUAAGCCCAUUUGUGCUAGUAUAAAUCUAGACUUUUGAACUGAAAAUAUUCGAUAUCGCUCUAAAAUAUGACAAA